GUAAAACCAAUUUAUAACGGUGCACAAGCCACGCCACGUGCGGCGAGGCUAACGAAAGUACUUCCUUGCCUGGAAAGUAGUCCUAGCAGAGCCUUUGGCUUGCUGCUGCUGUUUUUUGUUUCGUUGUUUGGUAUAGAGCUACCGCUUUCCGAGCUGGGCACCAUGGGAAAGGAUGAUCAAGGCGCGGGUGACCCGCUCGACAACGUGCUCUACUGCAGCGGCUUACGUCGGCUCAGCGUGUGGCCGUGGUUCAAAGCAGUUGCCAGCUUGUUGCUGACCGAGCGUCAAGGUUCCGUUUAUGCGGUUCUAUGCUUCCCUGGGCUUUUGUCGGAAUUCGUUCAGCGGGUCGUCGAUCGUUUGCGUGGGUUCGGGCAUACAGUGCCUGAGGUAGCUACUUAAAUGCUGGAGCUUGGGACGUACAUACUUGAGCACGGCUUACUGGAUCGAGUACGCCAGAGGAGUGACAGCGAGUAUGUCGUUGCUACGCUGUGCGCUCGGUAUGCUGUUGCUGCUGGUCACCUUCCUCCUAACCCACUCGCUUCGGUGCGAUGGCAGCUCCAGCUGGGGGAUCCAGACGUGGUGCGGCAACAGGACCUCAUGCGGGCAGAUGCUGUUGCUGUUGCGUUGUACCAGACUAUCGCUCGUCUGCAACAGGAGCAAGCACAACAGCGAGGGCAUCUGCCGAGCGCUGGUGUGCAGCGUACAGUCGCAGGAGGAGGUAGCUCGGGGCAGGCGGGUUUGUGCGGUACGGCUGCGGGGGUCGGCGGAGGCUCCAGGCUAGGGGCCUCGGCUGCGGCUGGCUUGGGCCUCGGUCUUUGGGCGCCGCUGCCUGGUUGGGGCUUGGGCCUAGCGGCUCUGGCGGGGACGGUGGGACUCCCGGUGGGCUUCGGCCUAGCGGCUCUGGUGGGGACGGUGGGACUCCCGGUGGACUUCAGCUUGGCGGCUCCGGCGGGGACGGUGGGACUCCCCGCCGCGGCGCAGCCUGGUUGGGGCUUGGGCCUAGCGGCUCCGGCGGGGACGGUGGGACUCCCCGCCGCGGCGCAGCCUGGUUGGGGCUUGGGCCUAGCGGCUCCGGCGGGGACGGUGGGACUCCCGGCGGGCUUCGGCCUGGCGGCUCCGGCCGGCGCGGUGGGAAUCCCGCAGUGGCGCCAGCAGCGGCAGCAGCAGCGCCGGCGGCAGCAGUGGGAGGGCUGGGAUUGGGGCAUGGGCGUUCCACUGCGCUGCAUGUACAGCAGAACGACCUUUUGGGUGCACCAGCAGCGGCAUCGGCUGCAGCCAGGCAGGCGCGCAGACGUGACAAUGCAGCGUGUAGGCUUCAGCGGAGGCAACUGAUGGCAGCAGCUAGGCAAGCUUGCCAGCGUAAGCGUUCUCGACUUGUGGGUGGGUUGUCUCACGAUGAUUACCUCGAGUCCCUUUCAGGCUGCCUCUGCUUGCCGCUUUUCCGUCACGACAAUCCAGCUGUACCUGAGCUGCCGACGUUCUUAGAGACACAAACGUCUGCUUGGCCAGCUCGGGUGCAGGACUUGCCAGCAGGUGAACAGCCUCCCCAGAUACCGUUUUCGGAGCAGAUAACUUUGGCUUGUGGCCUCGCCGAGUUCGUUCGCGACAACAUGCCAUCACGGGUGUGUGCAGUCUGCAGUGAGUGCAAGUCCGCUUCAGAGGUCCGGGCGCUGCAGUUCAGCGAGAUAGCUGGCGUUGAGCUGCUACGUGCUGACAUGCGGCGGACUGCGGCUGUGCCUCGUUGCGCGCACGUUCUGUAUUGGCGGCGUGUCGAUCGGCGUGAUUGCAAAAACCCGCCGGAUCCCGUACUGCCACGCGGCUACAAGGCCGCUGGUGGUCAGUCGGGCAACGUCGGCGUAGUUGACACAUCCGCUGGCGAGGGCAGCGGCGAGACCAGCAGCGGCCUUGACGACUCUACCGAUGAUCGGCCGUCACGCCGACGACGCUGCGACAUAGACCGUCCUCCAACGUAUGCGCCACGGGUAGGGGUACGGCUGUGUGACGAUAAUCCCGUGGCGGUGGAGGUGCCGUACUGCAUGCGCGCGGAGACGGUACUGCCCAACCGAACGAUGAACGUUUCAGCGGACGGCGUGGAGCGCUUUACGGUCUGCUCGGAAUGCAUACAGGCCUUACAGGGUGGGCGGAUCCCAGAUGGGGCGCUGGCUGGAUGGUUGGAUCCCGGCGACGUACCCCCUGUAAAUCAGCAUGGUCAUUCGCUCGUACCGCUGACGCAUCUGGAGAGCUUGGUGGUGGGCCUCGCUCGCCCUCACAUGCGGCUGCUCGUUGUGCGGCAGCCGGGUACACCCAGCUGGCGCGCGGUGGAUACCUUGCCAGCGGCGUUGCGUGGGCAUACGCUCGCCUUUCCAAACAACGUGCCCAGCGAGCUCCAGCGUGUUGUGCCAUACGCUCCAGCGGAUCUGCCGUCCUUCAUUCAGGUCGUGCUAAUUGAUGCUGUCAAAGAUCGUGCCGACCUCGAGGCCAAAGUGCGGCAGGCACCAUGCUUGAAGAUGCGGGGCCUGGCUAUCGCUGCAUGGGCGGAGUGGGCCGUUCGCGUGAAUCCAAUGGCUCAGGUGGACCACGCUGCACUUCAGCAGUAUCGCGCUCUGGGUGCGGAGCCGACGGUGCCAGAGCCGUUAGUGGCGCACGCGGUGGCUACAGAUGACCCAGACACGGCAGCGGUCAUGCGCGCUGCAUUUGAAGGGGAUCGUGCCGGCAACGCUCGGGUGCGGCAGCAGCAGGAUGAUGUGGAAGCGGCGACGGAGGGCGCGAAUGCAGCAGGUGGUCGAUCGCCUGGUCCGGGUGCUGGUCAGGAGCCAGCGCCGUCUGGUCGUACGCCAAAUAUCCCGGUGACAGGCGUCUUCGCUCGGCCGUCGCCCAUGGCGGCCGCACUAGCCGUGCCGGGCGGUACAGCUGGUGUCGUUGUGUCGCCUGCAGCCGCACUGCAGCCAGACGGAUACAUCGGACCUGGAGUACACAUGCUGGGGCUGGAUGACGUCGAGGUGCACCAUGGGGGCGCAUACUCUACUUCCGACCCUUUAGAUGAUUGUACGGACCCGUCAGCUAUCUUGCAGCGCCUUCAGCAAGGUGGCGUGGUGGUUAGUGCAGCCGGUGGGCGUGGGGCGAGCAACAGCGCCUCAUCGCCAACUCUACGCAUAUCGCAACUGCCUUCGCCGCUCUCCGUCACUACGUUCUCCGCGCACCUGCAAACACACCCGCACCCCAACAAUUCGCCAACAACCGCAACGUGGUCAACCCCCGCGACGUGAAAGAUCCCCCUGGAAGCCAUCACCCCCAACCUCGUACACGACUAGGACAUCUACGUCAUUGCUCCCACCGCAGCCGCUGGCUUCACGAUCCUUCGCAACGCCAUCCACCUCCUCACCAUGCUGCAAGACGUCCAUAUCCUGCGCAUCAUCGACACCGAGCGCGCCACGACCGUCGUGUGCGACGUCACCAUUGGCAACCGCACCACCCACCAACGCGUUCAAUUCAACAAGCGCGUCGCCCAACACAAGCAUGCCAUCGUCACAGCCUAUGACCUCUCCGUAGUCAUGCUUGCCGUCCUCCUCGACGACCCGGCAGACCCGGACCUCAACACGUACUGCCACGCCCUCUGGUUCUACUCGCUAAUUGUCGGCGCCGCCAUUUCCAUCCCCAGCCAAUUCUCCCUCCGCCGGGCGUCUAAGUACCACGCCCGCGGCUUUCCCCUAUGGAUCACCCGCUACCACCCGGUGGUAUACCUCUCCAACGGCCGCAUCCAGUGCCCGCCUACCGAGCUCGCAUCGGCGGGCGGCAACCUCUUCGUCAUCGCCUACGACGACUUCGCCGCCUUCAUGCGGUGCACGGGCGCGCAGCUCCGCUCCCUGGUCAGCCGCGCCACCAGCAUGGCGUCCACUGAAUGGCGUGACCCCGGCAGCACACUCUCCGCCACCGAAUGGAGCCGCCUGCGCCCGCACCUGCACCGCGCCCAGCUGGACGACGAUGCCCACGUGCUCCACACCAAGUGGAACCCCGCCGCCAUCCCGUGGAUGGGCGAGCGCCGCAACGCCCACUGAGGGGCCGACGUUUUGCUUUGCGGCGUAACGGUACACUUGCGCAGCACUGGGUUUGGUUGGUGUCCGUUUUGCUAAGGGUUACACGGCUGGUUAUAUGGCACUAACUAGACUGUUUGACACCAUGCCGAGCUGUUCAGUUGUUGUUGAAAGGGGCCGACGUCUUGCUUUGCGGCGUAACGGUAACGUCCACUAGAUAACGACCUGCUGUACUUUUAGCAGGAUAGAUCCGACGGCUGGUUGCGCAGCACUGGGUUUGGUUGGUGUCCGUUUUGCUAGGGGUUACACGGCUGGUCACAUGGCACUAACUAAACUGUUUGGCACCAUGCCGAACUGUUCAGUUGUUGUUGAAAGGGGCCGACGUUUUGCUUUGCGGCGUAACGGUAACGUCCACUAGAUAACGACCUGCUGUACUUUUAGCAUGAUAGAUCCGACGGCUGGUUGCACGGCACUGGGUUUGGUUGGUGUCCGUUUUGCUAGGGGUUACACUGCUGGUCACAUGCCACUAACUAGACUGUUUGGCACCAUACCAAGCUGUUCAGUUGUUGUUGACUUGUUGCCAGUUGCCAAAAGACUGGCGACAAUUGAACCAGGUUGUACGCUUGGCAGAGAAUACCUGCCGGCCGAUUGUACGGAGAUUGACUCCUUGUAGCAGCAACAUACCGCCCA